AUGUUUUCCUGCAAUUUCUGUUCAAAUUGAGGGGCGCAAACAUAACUAGCAGCAAAUUGGGUAAAUGGAAUCGGCAGCAGAUACUCCGAUGAAGCAGAAUCAGGAUGGUGGUUUUGGUGGUCAAGGAGAUGAUAGUAAGAGAGAAGAGACGAAUAAACCCUAUUUCAGGCCAGCCAAAGACGACACCAAACCUCUGCUCCAAGAUCCGAUUUUGAGAUCGGACCCGAUUGAGACGGAGGAAGCUGUGCUGCGGUUGCCUCCUUUGCCAGACUGCCUCAGGCCGAAAUCAUGAGGCGAUUGAAUUUUGUACGCAUUGCUUUCAUGUGAUUGCUGGCUGCCCAUUUCUCAGGCACUGAUAAUGCUCCGACCUGGAUUUUGGGUCUGGUAGUGGAACAGAAGCUCUUUUGCAUUCGAUUUGUACUAUGAAUUAGUUCAUUCUGGAUCUGAUCGAGUAGCAAGCAAGUUGAUGUUAGGUGCUAGGCAUCAUCUGAACUUAUGUAGCUCAAUUUCUGCCAUUGACACAUAUAUGGAAUCUGAAUCGCGUUUGCUAUCA